AGGAAAUUACUUCAAAUUAAAAGCACACAUUCAUACCAGAAUUUUUCUUGAUUAACUACUGUCAGUUUUUAUCGUUUACCAGCACUAUAAGACGAAGCAGAACUGGGCAAAGUUGAAGCAGGCAUAAAUUACACAAUUUGUAAAUUUAAUUUCAAUUUAUAAAGACAAUGGUUCUAUCUGAGGGAGUCAAGGAGCGUCUGGGUGUCGUCGUCGACGCUGUGCAGACUGCAUUCCACUGGGGAUUCGUGCCAAUGGUGCUGUAUUUGGGAUUCUCCAAGGGAGCUGAGCCUGGCAUGCCUCCCCUAUCUUUGCUGAGCCUGCUUUGGCAGUGAAUAAAACGGUCGCGCCCACGUCCAUCCCAAAACUAAAAUUAAUGGAAUGUUCUUUGUUACUUCCUUGGCAUUUCUGAGUAAUCGUACCUGUUACCACAGCUAGCGGAAAUAAAUUUCUGUUUAAAACA